AUGGAGCUGCAAAAUGUCAUCCUGCUCCUCUUGCUGACAAUCAACCUUGCUAUCGCCCAAAACACUUCUAGAGAAGAAGCACAGGAACUCCAUGUUGGGGUUAUCCUUGACUUGGGGUCCAUUGUUGGCAAAAUGGCACGGACCAGCGUUUCACUGGCUAUGGAGGACUUCUAUGCUGUUCAUCGGAACUAUAGCACCAAGCUUGUCCUCCACAUCAGAGAUUCCAUGAGUGAUGAUGUCCAAGCUGCAUCUCAAGCUAUUGACCUGCUAGAGAAUUACAAUGUAGAAGUCAUCAUUGGUCCUCAGAAAUCUUCGCAAGCUAUAUUUAUCUCAAAACUUGGAAAUAAAAGUCAUGCCCCAGUCAUAUCCUUCACGGCAACAAGCCCAUCUCUAUCAUCUAAAACUCUUCCAUAUUUUGUGCGAGCAACAAUAAAUGACUCGGCACAGGUAAAUUGCAUUGCCUCCAUAAUUAAAACCUAUGGGUGGAGAGAGGUGGUACCUAUCUAUGAAGACACUGACUAUGGUAGAGGUAUCAUACCAUACCUUGUUGAUGUGCUACAAGAAGUUGAUGCCCGUGUUCCCUACCAAAGUGUGAUCCCUUUGUCAGCAACUAGUGAACAAAUUACUCUAGAACUCUAUAAGCUGAUGACAAUGCAAACGACAGUCUUUGUUGUACAUAUGUCAUUUACCUUGGCCUCCCUCUUCUUCAUAAAGGCAAGAGAAGUAGGGAUGAUGAACAAAGGAUAUGCAUGGAUCAUGACAGAUGGAGUAACCAAUCUAAUAGAUUCACUGAAUCCUUCUAUCCUAGAAUCGUUGAAUGGUGCCAUAGGUGUUGAGUUUUAUGUUCCCAAAACCAAGGAACUUGAUGACUUCGCCAUGAGAUGGAAUAUGAGGUUCCAGAUUGACAACCCAACUGAUCCACCAUUGAAAUUAAACAUCUUUGGACUAUGGGGCUAUGAUACAAUCUGGGCAGUAGCACAUGCCGCAGCAAAAGUUGGACUUGCAAAUGCCACAUUUCAGAAACCAGGAGAGUCCAUAGAAAUACCCCGAGGUUUUAAGAUUCCUGUAAGCGGGAAGAAACUUCAAGUUGGUGUGUGCACAAGUGGAUAUCCGGAAUUUGUGAAGGUCGAAAAGGAUCAUAUCACAGGUGCAACUAAAGCAAUCGGUUUUUCAGUGGAUGUAUUUGAAGAGGCAGUUAAGAGACUUCCUUAUGCAGUCCCUUAUGAAUAUGUCCUAUUUAGUACCAAGGAUGAUGGAAGUGCCGAAGAUUACAAUGAUUUUGUCUACCAAGUUUAUCUUGAGAAAUAUGAUAUAGUAACUGGAGACAUAACAAUAAGGUAUAAUAGAACAUUCUAUGCUGACUUCACUCUGCCAUACACAGAAUCAGGAAUAGCAAUGGUUGUUCCAGUCAGGGAUAGCAUAAACAAGAAUACAUGGAUUUUCUUGAAGCCGCUAGAACCUGGAAUGUGGUUUGGAAGCAUUGUAUUCUUCAUCUACACUGAGGAGCUUGUGCAACGCUUUCUGUCCCGGAUAGUUUUGAUCAUUUGGUUGGUUUUCCUGAUGGUACUUACAUCAAGUUACACUGCAAGCUUGACAUCAAUGCUAACAGUACAGCAGCUUCAGCCAACUGUAACAGAUGUGCGCGAACUCCUAAAAAGUGGAGAAUAUGUAGGAUACCACCGUGGCUCCUACGUCAAGGGACUUUUGGAAGAACUUGGUUUUGACAGGUCGAAGAUCAAGCCCUAUAAUUCCCCUGAAGAUUUUCACAACGCACUUUCAAGAGGAAGCAACAAUGGUGGUAUUGCUGCACUUGUGCAUGAGGUUCCAUACAUUAAACUGUUUCUGGCAAAUCACUGCAAAGGGUACACUAUGGUGGGACCAAUUUAUAAGGCUGCAGGUUUUGGAUAUGCAUUAUCAAAGGGAAAUCCCUUGAUUGGAGACAUCUCCAAGGCAAUCCUCAACGUAACUGGGGGUGAUACUAUGAUUCAAACUGAGAAGAAAUGGAUUGGAGAUCGAAACAAUUGCCAGAACUUGGGCCCAGUAACUGGUUCAAGCAGACUCACAUUUGCCAACUUCAGGGGAUUAUUUAUCCUUACUGGAGUUGCUUCAACUUCUUCCCUUUUGAUAGCAUUGAUAAUUUAUUUCUACAAAAAGAAGCAAUCAAUAAAUACUGUGUUAGACAAUGGGAAUCGACCAGAAGAAAGUGGAAUAAAUGAGGAAAAUAGUGAGGCCCGAGAAGGAAAUCAAGGAGGAGAUGAACAAAAUACAAAGCAAGCGGGCCAGGAGGAAAGUGGGCUAGAAGAACAGACCAGUUUAGAAGUGGUACCUGAGGCAACUGACAGACAAGCAUUGUUAUGCCCAACAAUGGAUCAACUGCCGUUUUCAGGGGUAAAGUAGAAAAAAUACUAGCCUGCAAGUGGAACUCAUCUGAAGUUCAGUACAUUUUUAGCUCCCCUGUUAUCUCAGCAAGCUGACCUAAGCUAAUAUGCUCAAACCUG